AUGGACACCGACACCAUUCGAGGUUUAUAUAGAAGUUGGUUCGCAGAGAGUGUUGGGGGAGAGAUAUCACAGCAAUGCAGCAGUUCCUUCGCGGUUAAUUUAACGCUAUAUGAGGCAAUGAUGCGUACGGUAGGGGGUAGGACUUGCCUGCUACUUAAGAGACGGAAGCCUGUACCUCGAAGAAGAGUCGGGUGGUCGAACAGGGAUCCGCCUUAUAAGAAGGUCGAGGCAUCUUGCUUGGACUUGGAGGAGAGAGACGCCAACCGUCCCUUCCAAACCGUUCACGCCGCCAAAAUUGAAUAUACUUCACCAAGUGCAAGCAUACCAUCAAUAUGCCUGCAGAGCCAACUCCCCGGAUGUGUACUGCAGCGCACCAGCGUUCACCUCCAUCAUGGUGUCCUGAUCCUCCUAAACCUACCUCAAAAGCAUCAAGCACAAACCGUCAACAUCUCUGCCCCGAUUGUCGAAAGAAGUGAUGAUCCUAAGAAUAAGGACAAUAGCGGGAACGGUGGUGCAGGUGCAGGUGCAGGCUCAGCGUCGAAGUCUGCUAUUCAAGUUUCUGGCUAG